AGUGGAAUUCCAAGAUCGGUUCUACACACAAAAUGGGUUCAAGUUGCCAACUGACGCUGCUCGCCAAGUCCGAGUUGGCGCCCGACGCUCGACGAGAGCACCGCAUCAACGCCAACUCGUUCCAGCAGGACGCGCUGACGACCUUCAACGGCUGGCAGUACGCCUGCUUCUACGCGCACAAGGAUGCCGACAGCGACGUCCUCCUGGUCAGCCUCGCGCGGCGGCCCGUCGGAGACUCACUCGGCAGCUGGGAGACGUUGACCUUUGCAGACUACGAGCAGACGGCGGACGACGGGCACAACACCAUCUCGAUAGGCGUCUGCGCCGGGGACGGCUCCAUCCACGUCUCCUUCGACCACCAUUGCGAUCCUCUGCACUACCGCAUGUCGGUGCAAGGCGUCGCGACGAACCCAGCUGCGCACCAGUGGACGCCGUCGUUGUUCAGCCCGACUCACAACCAGUUGCCGGGCUACACUCGCACCGGCCAGCUGGGCAUCGAGAAGCUCUUCCUCGAGACGACGUACCCCCGGUUCCUACGCGUCGACGACGAUCUGCUUCUGACCUACCGCAUUGGCAUAGCCGGCGCGGGAUCCGAUCACCUAUUUAGAUACAGUAGCAAGACUCAGUCGUACUCGUACGUCGGCCAGUUCCUCACGGGUGUCAAGAACAACCCGUACAUCAACGGCAUCUCGUACGCGCUCGGGCGCAUCCACGUGUCCGGGACCUACCGUGGAUUCGUCUGGUACGAGGGCGUCGACGACCCCGAGGCGAGGCUGCACACCGUCCAGGCCGGACCCAAUGGGCCCGAGAAUAACCACAAUUUAUUCUACGUCAACAGCGACGACGGAGGCAAGACAUUCAACAACACACGCGGCGAACGCCUCGCCAACCUCGAGCUCGGCGAGACCGUGUUCCCCGACGGCGAGGACCUCAUCGUCUUCGACAUACCCAUGAACAGCGGCAUCCUGAACCAGGAGGCGCAGGCGGCCGACGGCGACGGCGGGUUCCACGUGCUGAACCGCGAGAACGAGGUCUGGAUGCACUACUACCGCAGCCCGGAGGCAGGCGAAUGGAGCCGGCACGUGCUGCCGGACGACCUCCGACCGACGCGGACGGGCGCGCGCGGGGACGUUGUCGCUGUGCUGGGCGGUGGCGGCGUCGUGUUUGCGCUGCCGGGGAACCGGGAUGACACGCUCACAGUGCUGGGCGCCCGGCUGCCUCGGAAGAAGAAGGACGGUGGCGGCGGCGGUGACGAAGCCGAGGGCCAGGGGUUCGAGUUCGAGUAUGUGACCCUAUGGCGGGGGGACGGGUUCUCGGGAGAGCCGCAGAUCGAGGCGUAUGAGUCGGGGGCGCAGCAGAUGGUUUCCAUCUACACGCGGACCGAGGGGGAGAAAAGACAGGUUGUGGUAUUGGACUUUGUCUUGGAUGGGAGUUUGUGAUGGAUGGAUGGAUGGAUGGAUGGAGACGACGACGGCCUGCUACAAGAGCUCAAAGGACCGAGAGUCGAUGAGCGAGAGGAUGAGAGGAGCAGUGGAAGAGGCGGGAAACUGCAGAGAGUCUCUUCGGCAUCUUGCGUGGUUUGCUGCGUCGUUGGCCGAAACAAAAGUCUCUAGAUGCAACGUGCCGUCGUACGAGGCAAACAGAAGCAAGAAAUCAGAAACACGGAUGGGAUGAUUUUUGUUUGCCCUGGUUGCCCUUCCCUCCCCCCCCCCCCGGGGCCGGGAGAGGGAGGGAGCGGUGUGGCUGCGUUGACUUGCGUUUGUCCGAAUGAAGCAAAGAUAGAACAACGGAGACCCAUCCGAGUUGACAAGUGAGACAUUGAGGGAGAUCGUCAUGUCGGGCAUUUUGCUUCCUCCGCUGCCCAAGUGCAAGUUGGGUUGUGAGUCAAGCGACUCUCCUCCCACUGCAACAUCCAUCCAUCCAUCCAUCCAUCCAUCCACAUCACCCGCCAUUUGUCCGUCUAGCCUCCGCGUAUGUUGUGCCUGAAGAACCACCACGAGAAACACGCAAACCAAACCAAACAUGCAAGCAAUCUGUUGGAUCUCAUGUACGUAUCGUGACACGCUCGUCCAAUGACGGACUCCCACGACUGGAUGGUCUUCCAGUCUCGGGCCAGAAUCCCCCAUCAUUGUAUACCGGUUAUCGGCAAGGAGCAACAGCAAUAGCUCCCAACCAACCAACCAGCCAGACGAGGCCAGAGACCAGGAUAACCAACCAGGAGACGACAGCAACGACGGCCGAGAGAAAACCGUCCGAUCCCUGUCUCGCAUGGCUCGGCCGCCGGCCCAGCCACCACCACCGGGAGUUCCCAGAGUCCCUCUGAUCGCUGAUAGGCCCGCGGCCGGCGAACAUGGCCAUCCCGCGGGCCUUGAAGAGGGCCGGGAAACCCUCCCCGUCGCACUCGAACAAGCAGCCACACGGCAUAUUGCCCGGGGUUUGCUUUUGGGGCUUUCGUGCCAAUGCGGCGCUACUGUGCCUAACCUCGUGUUGGCGACCCUUCUGGGGUUCUCUCUCUCUCUCUCUUUCGUUCCCGACAGGAAGAGGGGGUUCAUUUAUAGCGCGCCAACAGCUAUCCUAGGACCCCUGACCAGCCCUAAAGCCCCUCAUCUCUGGAGUCUCUGAUCUGUGUGGCUGGGUGGUUUAUUCUUUUUUUAUUUUAUUUUUUUUACCUCCUGUUCCCUAAUCACGGGUUUGCGGUCUCUUGAGGAGUCGGCGAACGCAUGCAUGCCUUUCUCCCCAAUCCCCCCCCCUUGCCAUGCCCCUGUCGCAGCGAGCCGGCCCUUGAAUCAUGACUGACUCUGGCGGGAGAGGGAGAGACGAGACUUUAUGGUUCGUGGACACCGGGCGAACCACUCAGAGAGACAGCCAGACGCCCAGCCAUCCUUUUCUCAUCUCACACACCAGAGAGAGAUCUCACCCACUGUGCUGUGCCCAUGUUUGUCUGCUCCCCCAGUCUCUCUCUCUCUCUCUCUCAGUCCAGUCUUGUAUCCUUUCGAGUGCCUGUAUGUUGAGCGGCCUCCGGGUCUCGCUUCCGCCCGCCAAGAGGGGAGGGGUGUGUGUGUGCCAGGAUUGGCGUGCAGAGAGGAGAAUAUCGCCUGCAGCCCCCAU